AGCUUGUAUGUCAUUUUCCAGGAAUUUUGGAAUGAUUUAUUUAAAACUGCUGUUCAGUGGGGCAUAACAACUUAUGAGCAGGAUGGACUGGACGAAACGUUUAUGAAUAUGCCGGUUACAAAAGAGGAUUUUACCGCGGCUUCAACAUGGUUACAUCAAAUGAACAAUGCUGCCGUUAAAAAUAAUAUUAGUAUUCUGUAUUCUGAUGCUUAUCCUAGACAUCUUUUUCAAUCGUUAUUAUUGCCAGCUGUCACACAGACUAGAGCUAGUCAAGAUUACGGGGAAAAAAAUAAAGAUCAAUGGAAAAUUGGAAUUUCUUCAAUUUUUGCAGAUGCAUUAAAUUUGGUCCCAAAUAAAGACUCAUUUAGAACGUGCCAUAACGUAUCAGGUAAUAACAUAGAUUAUGUAGAGCCGUAUCCAGAAUUAGAGAUGGUUGUUGCUCUUCUAUCUAAAGGACCUGUGGGCAUCGGUGAUAGAUUAGGCUUUGAGGACAGUUCAAUUAUAAAAAAAUGCUGUUCUACUGAUGGUAAAUUAUUACAACCAAUGCGUCCAGCUAAAGCCAUAGAUUCUCAGAUUCUGCAGUCGGCUUUUCAAGAUGGCAGCGGUCCUGAUGGUGAAGUAUGGUCUACGUAUACUACUAUACCAGUUGUAGGAACGUCUAAAUCAAGCAAUGCUACUUAUGGUGUUAUUUUUGCUGCUGGGCUCACAAAGCCCUUCGACAUUACACCAGAAAAUACCCACUUAAAUUUUGAUGUGUCAAGACCUCAAAGUGAUUUUCCAAAGAGUAAAAUAUACAGAUGGAAUCAACCAGACCAGUUCUUUGACUUUUCUAAAGACAACAAGUUUACUUUACAAAAUUGUCCUUUAGCCAACUUUUGUUUGUAUUUUACAACACCUAUUAUUGAGUUUGGAGGUCAAGAAGUUCUGAUUCUCGGUGAAUUGGACAAAUGGAUCCAUAUGCCAUACCAAAGAGUUACACAAAUUUCAGUUACUGAAACAAUAGAUUUAGAAAUCAAUGGUGCAGCUAAUGAGGAAGUUCAAAUAUGGGUUGCUGUUAACGGUAAUGUGGGAGCCUUAGUAACCAGAGCCGACGGCAAUGGAUUGGCGCAUUUAAAAUACGAUCGCAAACCUACGAAUCGUGCAGAUUACCUACAAUUCUCCAAGAGGACCUUACUUGCAUGUGUUGUUUUUCUGAUAAUUGCAAGAGCUUAAAUGAAGUAACAUUGAUCAUUGUUGUAAAACUAUUUUCUAAGUAAAUGUAUUAUAAAAAGAAUGGCUUAUUUGCUUACAAAUUGAUUUCAAAUUAUCUGCCCUGGCCUUGAUUGUAGCUAAAGUCUACGACCCAAUCAAAAAACAGUUUACAAACCAGUCAUUUUGCGUUCGUUUUUAUAAGGGUAGAUAACCACAUUCAUGUCCAUUUACUGAAAGAUUUAUGUGAAUAUGUAUAGAUUUCUAAUUCAUUUAUAUUUAAAUGUAUUAUCACCAUCUGUAGUAUGUUUCGCUGAUUUCAAAUACGACAUUUAUAUGUUUGACUUUUGUUAUUAUUAUUAUUACUCUUUCUUUGUCUGAAAUGUUUCAUUCUGUUAUGUUUAUUAUUAUUGAACUUAUAUUUGGCAAUUUGACCCUCAAUAAAACUCUUGAACCUACAUAUAUAUAAAUGGCCGGUCUUCAUUAAUAUAAUAUUUGUAAUUUGUUGUUAAUAAAUACGCAUAUGGUAUAA